GACAGCCUUGUGUCACAAAAAUGGCGGUCUAACGUGUCCAUGGAGUCUGUACUUCAUUCCCCCACAUAUGACCAAUACAUCAAGAUAAUUCCCCCUAAAUACACUGCUCCAUUUGAAAAAGGAGAGAAUGAUUCGCAGGUCAAGGAUCAGCGUUCGGCCCAACGUGGGGAGACCGGGUAGAGCUGGGGCCACCGCAACGGCCCAGGAGGCCCCUUCAACCCAGGAUGACCCCCCAGCCGAUCCUACGCCAGCAGAGGCCACUGCCCAAACGGAGGACGAUAACAACAUGACAGCGGCGGAAGUGGAGGACAAUAACAAUUCUACCACUGCAGGCUUGACGACCGCAAUUCAACGGGAAGCUGCUGAUGACCAUGGUGAGGCAUCCACUGCCCCCACCACCACCACCUCCAUCACCACCCCCGCCCCCACCACUAUUUCCUCUUCCGCUAACCUUCAAAGAAGGAAGCGUGUCUCCGUCAAGCCCAAAGUCUCCGCUGCCCCGAACCGGGCGUCUGCACGGGCGUCGGCAAACCAGAACCUCCAAACCCAAACGCCCAAACCCCCCGCAGAGGAGGGGCUUGCUGGACCUCCGGGGUCAGACCUCGAAGAACCCAUCACAACGGCAGCAGCAGCAGCCCACCAUGUGGAUCCAAUCCCCAAGGCCCACAUAGAAGGUGCUGGACCAGGGAACGAUCCCACCACUCAGGAAACCCCUGUGGAGCCGACUCCAUCCGAGAAGCCCCAAAAUCUGGAGUCUCUUCCAGCGGGUCCGGCCAAAGAAGUCCCUCCAAAACCACCGGACGAGGCGCCGUUCUCCAUCCCGAACAAGGAGGCGAGGGAGAACUCGGAGAGGGCCCGGAUCCUGUUGGCCAAGGCCUCUAAGGUGGGGAAGACGUUGCCCAAGAACAUGCGACUGAGCCAGCUGCUGCACGACCAGACGGACCUGCAGAGGAUGGCCAAAGCCCAGAGGCUCAGGGAACUGCUCCGGCAGGAGAUGGGCAAGGAGAAGGAGAAGCAAGGAAACAGGAAGUCGAGAUACCGCCUAAAGGAGUACGCCCUGGAUCCCUCCAAGAUGACCAUGAGGGACCUGGUCCACUACCUCCCCGCGUCAAACCCCAUGACAGCCUAUUUGGAGGAGUCCGUUCCAGAGGAUGAGAGAGUGGUCCCAGCGUCGCCAACAAUAGAAGUAUCCACAGAGAAGGUCAAGGACCCCGAGGAUUCAAGCCUUAGGGCUGAGGUUGAGGAAGAUGAAGAUGAUGAGGUGGAGGAUGACGAGGAAGAGGGGGGGGUGAUGGUCCCCAGGGUGAAGGUGGCCGAGGACGGAUCUUUGAUCAUCGACGAGGAGAGUUUGACGAUUGAGGUGAAGAGGGCCAAGGGGCCCAACCCCGCCAAUGACAGGGACGCCGUCUUUGAGCGCGGCUCCACCACCACCUACUCCAGCUUCCGGAAGAAGACCCACUCCAAAGCCUGGUCUAGCGAAGAGACGGACAUGUUCUUCCUGGCAGUCAGCAUGGUGGGAACAGACUUCUCCAUGAUCGGCCAGCUGUUCCCUCACAGAGCCCGAUCCGAGAUCAAGAACAAAUUCAAGAGGGAGGAGCGGGCGAACUCCUGGAGGGUGGACAAGGCCUUCAAGGAACGGCGGAAAUUGGAUCUCAAGUUUUUUUCGAAGCUUCUGGAAAAGAUUCUGGAGCUUCAGAGCCAGAAAAAGAGGAAGCCCAAAGUGCCCAGUGAGAAGAAGGCCAGAAAACCUACGAAGAAGGCUAACGGGAGGACGACCGCAAAGGACCUCAGCGACGUGGAGGAGGAUCCUCUGGAGGAGGAGGAAGAGGAGGACGGACAGGAGGAUCCCGACUACGUUGGGGAUCGGCACGACGUGGGCGACGUGCCCGAGACCCCCGUUGACCCUUCCUCAGCGGAAAAACCCGUCGAGAGCAGCCCCUCGGACCAGAAGCCCAAGGCCAAGAUCAAAAGCAGAAAGAGGGCCAACAAGGAAGUGCAAGCGGAAACAUCCGUACCCGAAGAGGCUGAAGCAGCAGUGCCAGAGGACGGUUCAUCCAUCAAAGAGCCGGAAGAUGCUGAACAGGGGACCCCAUCCGGCGACACCACGACCCAACCUGGCAAGCGGCCCCGGGCCCGGGCUGUUAAACCUGUCCUACCACCCCGCCGGAAGAAAGGAAAGGAGGCCGUCGCACUGCCCCCAGAUUCACCAGCCUCGAACUCCCAAGAUGCACCAGCCUCAGACUCCCAAGAGGCACCAGCCUCCGACUCCCAAGAUGCACCAGCCUCAGACUCCCAAGAGGCACCAGUCAAAAACUCCCAAGAUGCACCAGCCUCGGACUCCCAAGAGGCACCAGCCUCGGACUCCCAAGAUGCACCAGCCUCAGACUCCCAAGAUGCACCAGCCUCCAACUCCCAAGAUGCACCUGCCACGUUGGAAACCCUCGCAAGUGAUGCAGAAGAGGUCGAUGAAGAAACCUUUACCCAAGCCAAGAAAAGGAAGAAGCUGGAGUACGAUGAUGAUGAUGAUGACAACGAUAACUCCUCUCAAGAUGAAGUCUCCCCCAUUAAGAUUGAUCUCAAACCUACAAGGUACGGCAGGAUGCCCAAAGCCACCCAGCACCUGAACUACCCCGCCGCCUCCCCCGGCCGACCCCCGACCUCCUCCACCCCCAGGCCCAGGCGGCCCCCCCACAAGACCACCUCCUCCAAGGCGCCGGCCCAGGAGCCCAAGCAGUCAAAGCUGGUCACGCUCCGGGCCUCCCCGUCGGACUGCAGCGACGAUGAGGAGGAGGAGGAGAAGGAGGAUGCAGGACUGAAGGAGCCAGUUUGGGUGGGGUUGGAGGAGGAGGAGGAAGAGGAGGAGAACAGGCUCCGCGGGUCGGACCCCAUGGGGGUCAGCUGCGCUCCGGUCUUCGUGCCCGUCAGCCUCCGCUCCCCGCGCCCGGUGGUGUCGGCGGUGGAGGAGACCAUGGAGGAGCUUGAUAUUUUGGUUAAUGUGCCCGACGUGUUGGACAUCACCCAAGACUCCUCCCACCACGCGCCCUUUGAGCAUGCGCAGAAUGAAACGGACUCAGUACCGUUUGAGCAUUCCUUAGACCUGCUGGCUGAUGUGAUCGACUUUCUGUCUCCAGAUCAUACGGAAGUGUCUGACAACGAGGCGGCUCACACCCUGCUGACCAUCGGCAACCGCUCCCUGCAAUCUCUCCUGGCCCACAUCGAGGAUCCGUCAGAGGCCGACUUCACUACAGAUUUACCGGCCGUCAGUGAUCCGGGCAUUACCAACCAGAAGGAAGACGUCGAACCCGAUGGCGACUUCCUUGACAUUCUCUCCGCCACGAUGGCGCCUUCAGAUGCACCCACGCCCGCGCUGGACUCAGCACAUCAGGACAUCAGUGCAACACACAACGAUCCUGAAGCUUUAACAGUGGACAAACCCAUUCCCGAUACCCCUAAUGCAUCCGGCAGUAGCAUUAGUGACGGCCCCCUCGCCGCUGUGAAGACGGAACCAAAGCCUCUGCAAAGAGAAGCCCCCGUAGAGGCGGCGGCGGUGGCGGCGAUCAGUUCCCCGCCGAGGAAGCCCGGGCGGUUAGCCAAGAUCAAACCCAAGCCCAACCUGCUUCGGGCCUCCAGGGUCGCUCGACCCACGCCGAACCCCACGACAGAAUCACACGAGGCUGACGGGAAGCAGACGCCGGGAGCCGCGCACAAGGAGGAUGUGUCUGAGCAGGCGACGUUGCCAGCGGCGGUGGAACUGGAAUCUUCUGUUCCAUCAACGGGCCGUGUGCCACCAUCAUCUGCAGGAGGACUCCGGCCGCCUAGUAGGGAUGAGAUCCCAGAGGAGACACCUGCCGGACAGGAUGGGACCGCAGGCAGAGGACAGGGUCUUGAAGUAGAACCACAAUUGGAGACCUCAGUGAAGAAGGACCCUCAAGAAGAGGCCUCUGGAAGAUUUACAUUAGAAACUGUUCCGGAAGCGGCAACAGGGAGUGAACCUCGGACAGAUCCUGCACCAUCCCAUCCCACCUGUGACGUUGCGGCCAGUGGAAUGCUGCCCGCGACUGCGGCAAAGGUAGCUGAAGUUGUACAGCCAAGACCUAUGGUGGCGAGGAGGAGACAAUUCCCCAAAGCCAAACCCAAUCUGGGCCGGGGGGCCCGAACCACUCCUUCUGUAGAGUCGGACCCGACUAAGGUCAGUCCGGUCGGGAACGCCUCGUCUUCAGAACCACAACCCACAGAGGGCACGGUGACGCCGCCGGGACCAGGAUCCACCUACGGCGCCACUGGUGACUUAAAUACGCCCGGUCCUACCUCACUGUCGCCGGUUACGUUGAUCAAAGCGGGAUCGGCUAUCACGCCCACGGGAGCAGGGGUCGGCAGAGAGGAGGGGAAGGGUGACGUCGUGGACUCCCCCGGAGGAAGUCAGGCAAUGGUAGCACAGGUACAAACCACGAAGGAUAACCACUCAGACACCUCGAAACAAGACAACGUGCCGGCCUCGCUUGGACCAGAACCAAAGCCCGUCGCAGAUCACGGAUCACGCUCCGAAGUAGGAACGCGACCGAGAACCGCCCGGCGUGUGGCGGCCCCCACGCCCCUGCAAGCCUCUCCGAAGCAAAUCUCUGAGCCCCACGAACCGGAGACCUCUGGAUGCAUUGGGGCACGAAAGUCUCGUGCGCAAGGGGCGCAGGAGACAAGCGGCCCCGGGGCCACCAGGACCACCACUCCGGCCCCUCAGCCUGCUCAACGAGAGGAGGAAUCCUCCCCAUCCGAAGGAGGCCCUGCGGUGGGAGAUGGGGCGGUGCGGCCGCCGGCGGGCUCCAAGGAUUCCUUAUCCGACGGUUCUUCGUCGCAGUCGGAGGAGGGGGUGGUCCGGACGACACCGCAGUGCGUUCCGGGCAAAUCAAGGCGUCGCAUCAGCCAUGUCAAACCCAAGCCUAACCUGGGUCCUCAGGCCUCCAGGGUCAGCCACGUCAAGCAGCCCCCAACCCGGCGCCAAGUCCCACCGUCUCAGCCCGACACAGGCCCCGGGACGCCAAGAGAGGCCCUCCCUUCGGACUCCCGAGGGGGGAGGGACGCCGUUGAGGAACACAGAAGGCCAUCGAGGUCCUCUUCGGUUGCGGCUCAGUUGGAUCCCGUGGUAUCCUCCGCAAAUGAAACAACGCUAAUUCCAUCUGUACGAAGUAUGCCAGAUUUUAAAAACACAAGCCCUGCGAACACCGAGAAGUCGCUCCUCCUUCCGGACCCCUUCGAUACGACCGAAGACGUCAAACCUCCAGCCUCGAUAGCAUCGUCAACAUGGGAAGCAAGCGUUGAGGGAACAACGUCCAGUCACGGCGCCUCGUGGUUGGUUGAAAACCCCUUCACGGUGGUGGACGAGGGCGUUGACGAGGUGUUGCCUAGCGUGGCUCAAGCAACAGCACCCCCUGUUGGUCAGGAGAAUUCAAGGGCUUCUAGGUGUGAUCAGGCCUCCAAAGCUCCAGCAUUUGAGCCCCUGAGCCGGCCAGUCGCAGAGACGAGCACACCCGCACCUCAGACAGGGCUCCCCGUCCUGCCGGUCCCCUCCGACCCGGAGGAACCCUUCUUCAUCCUCUCCCUCACCGAGAUCCCCGUCUUCCCCACAGCGGGGGGGGCCUUCGGGGUGUCUGAGGCCCCCCCCAAUCUGCCUGGGGCCGAGGCAGCCCCAGAGCCACUGAGCGACCCAGUGACCCCUGCGACCCCUGCAGGGAGGUCAUCAGGCAGGAGGUCCGGCCUCCGUCUGCACCAGGACGCCGGCUCCUCCCUCCCAACUCAGACGGCACACGUGACUGAGCAGCCAGACCACCAACAAGACCCUGAUCCAGUCCAAGCUCCAGAGCUACCAGAGGCUGUGGUCCGGUCUGUGGAGGCUGAACCUCCCACUAAGAGGAGGAGAGCGUUGUCCGGUUCCAGGCAAAGGAAAAAGCCCAGUCCGAGCGCUGCUGUCGCUGAGCCGGCUGAGGGGCCCCAGGACCCCCCCAGCAAGAAGAAGAGAGGGGCCCGUCGACAAGGGGAGCAGGCCCCGGUGGAGGUCCAGCCCAGGUCUACCGGGACGAGGCAGACCAGAAGGGCCUUCGCUGGGAAGGCCCCGAGUGCUGAUGUCCCCCAGUCGCAGGGCUCCACUGACACACCACCACCACCAGGGUCCACUGGGCUUCUGGAGGCUGAGCAGGGCGGGCGCACCCCAGACGAGGCCGGUGACGCCAGCCGGCCAAUAGAAACCCAACCUCCUAAAGCACCUGCUCUGAAGAGGAAGCCCAAGGGGUUCCUCUCGUUCCUCGCAGGCCCGGUGACCCCGGGCCCCUCUGGAACCCUCGGGUCAAAGGUCAGAGCGCCGCCCCUCGCCCCGCAGGUCAAAGCGUCUCGUGGCGCGGCGAGAAAACCGGGCCCCGCCUCGGAAGGCGGUGCCAAGAAAACGCCACUCAAAGUCGUUUCCGUGGCACCGCAGCGCAGGCCGGAGCGCAGGCCGGUGCCGGUGCCGGAGUCCUGCGUCAGUACGGGCCCCGCAGAACCACGGCCCGCCACCUCUGGAAGAACAGCUGAGACGGCCCCGCCCCACCAGGAGGACCAGCUGAGCGUCAGCAGGGGGGACGAGGAGCCCACCAACGUCUCUCAGUACUUCUUGAGCGACAUUUUUACAGAAGUGGACGAAUGAGUGGAUAAUCUUUUUUUAAUUAUUAGUAUUAUUUUUUUCAUUUAGUUUGUUCUAUAUAGAGAUAUUAAAGAUUAUUCAACUGUUUAAAGUUUAUGUUACUAUUUAUUUGCUGCUGUUUAGUAUCUAGGUUUCAAACAGCCUCAUUCUGACCUGUUGUUUGAAUUGACAAUAGAUAUACCAUAACUCCUUUUGUGUAUAUUUUGGUUACUGUUAGUCCUCUGAUGUAUUUUAGUUGGUAACUCCUCAGAUUAUGACCAUCACUCAUAUUAUGUUGCUUGAGCAAAUCACAGAACUUACGAUUACUGCAUCUCUGGCCUGUUGAAAAAGGUGCCAAUUGUAACCUCAUGAAACCAUAGUCUUUGUAAAGCUGCCAACAUUCUAUUCUUUGUAAACCCACCAGUGUCAUAGUGUCAGUGCUCAUUUCUUGGUCUUGUUUCUCAGGUUUGUGUUAAGUUUACUGUCUCAUACCCAGCAAGUUACCGUUUUCGGAAAUGUUCUGUACUUACUGUUUUUUGCUUGCGUUCUGCUGUUACUAGCUCAAUGUACCAUUGUUUUAAGUUGUCAGUGAUAAAAGGCGAAAACAUUUUGGACACAGAUUAGAACCGCUUCAACAAUCCAUUGUCAUAAAUUACUUCAUUUAUUCAUCCUUUUCUCUCCUGUAAGAUAUGUUAAUAAAUCAAGCCUUGGAUACAAGUGGAA